GAGAAGAUGUCGAACACAAGAGAAAGAGAUAGAGAGAUGGAGAAUGCUUUGUCUCCAUCACCGGCAGGUGAAAUAGCCGGAAGAGUAGCGUCUCUUUACGUCUAUCCUAUCAAAUCAUGUCGAGGGAUUUCUUUGUCUCAGGCUUCUCUCACUCCCACAGGGUUUCGAUGGGAUAGAAACUGGUUGAUUGUCAACUCUAAAGGAAGAGGACUGACUCAAAGAGUGGAACCAAAGCUUUCCUUAAUCGAAGUUGAAAUGCCUAAACAUGCGUUUGCACAUGACUGGCACCCCGACAACAACUCUAACAUGUUGGUUAGAGCUCCUGGGAUGGAUGUACUCAAGGUUUCACUAACCAAACCUGAGAAAAUAGCAGACGAUGUCUCAGUCUGGGAGUGGUUUGGCUCCGCACUUGAUGAAGGAGAGGAAGCCUCUAACUGGUUUUCAAUUUUUGUUGGCAAGCCUUGUCGACUUGUUCGUUUUGAUUCAGCCUCUGAGACAAGACCUGUGGAUCCAAAUUAUGCUUCUGGUCACUUUGCCAUGUUCUCAGAUAUGUACCCUUUCUUGCUUAUAUCACAGGGUUCCCUUGAUGCCCUGAAUGAGCUUCUCAAGGAGCCUGUACCCAUCAACCGAUUCAGACCCAACAUCUUGGUUGAUGGAUGUGAACCAUUUGCUGAAGACUUAUGGACAGAGAUACUUAUAGACAAUUUCACCUUUCACGGUGUGAAAUUAUGCUCCCGUUGCAAGGUACCGACGAUAAAUCAAGACACUGGAAUUGGAGGUGAAGAGCCAAUUGAGACUCUGAGGAGUUUCAGGUCAGACAAAUUUUUACAGCCACAGAAGAAACCACAGGGAAAGAUAUACUUUGGACAGAACAUGGUUUGGAAAGAUGGGUUUGGGGAUGGAAUAGCAAAAAAAAUUGAGAUUGGUGAUUCUGUUCUUGUCCUUGGAAAACUCUCCUCUCCUACUGAAGCAGCAACUUGAAAGCAAAAAAAAAAAAAACAAGAAAACAUGCAUUUUGUUCAUGGUGUAAGUUUAUCCGCGGACAUCAAAGCUUUAUUAGAGCACUUGUAUAUUAUCAUUUCUACUAACAAUCAAACCCAAACCUUUAGCAUUAUGAAAGCCAAUUAAUAUUGGUUAAAACA